ACUACAUGGAAUGGUUCGGCUUCGACGGCAUCGACCUGGACUGGGAGUACCCGGGCGCGGCGGACCGCGACGGCCAGCCGUCCGACAAGGACAACUUCUACUUCCUCGUGUCCGAGCUGCGGCGCGCGUUCGACGCGGUCGGCAAGGGCUGGGAGAUCUCCAUGGCGGUGCCGCUGGCGGCCUUCCGCAUCGAGGAGGGCUUCCACGUGCCCGAGCUGUGCCGCCUGAUGGACGCCGUCCACGUGAUGGCGUACGACCUGCGCGGCAUCUGGGCCGGCUUCGCCGACGUGCACUCGCCGCUGUACGCGCGCCCGGGCGAUCCGCCGGGCUUCGUGCACCUCAACGCGCACGACGGCAUGCUGGAGUGGGAGGCGCGCGGCUGCCCCGCCGACAAGCUGGUGCUGGGCGUGCCCUUCUACGGCCACCUGUUCGAGCUGGCGGAGGCGGCGCGGCCGCUGCCCGGCGCGGCGCUCGCGCCCAAGUCGCGCCAGCGGGGCAUGUCCUACGGCAAGAUCUGCCGCGACGUGCCGUACGCGUUCCGCGGGCGCGACUGGCUGGGCUACGAGGACGUGCGCUCGCUGCGCAUGAAGGCGGGCUUCGCGCUGCGGCGCGGCUACGCGGGCCUCAUGAUGUGGGCGGUGGGCGAGGACGACGUGCGCGGCGCCUGCGGCCGCGGCCGCUUCCCCAUGCUGCACGUGCUCGCGACCGCCAUGAGCCACUACACCGUGCCCCAGCCCUCGCGCCGCUACCCGGACACGCGCCCUCAUCUUCCUCCCACGCCUCCCGCAACGCAGUGCCUGGGCCAGGGGACGGAUCAGCCGGAUGUUCUGGUGCCAGCUGAGGGCAGCGACGGUGGGGAUGAAGGUGGUGACGGAGAGAAAGGGGAUGAUAACGAAACCGGGGACACUGGAGAUGCCGAAAAGGAAGAAAGCAGUGGAAAUGGAGAAGCUACUGAAAACAACCAAGUAGAUACUACAACAAGCGGCAUCACAGAGAAUGAAAUCACAUCCACAGGUCUCAGUGAAUCGGAAGAAAGCACGACCGUCGAAGAGAACUCACCAUACUUUGAGACUACAACCGAGACACAAACUGAAAUGUCAGAGUCAGAGGUCGCAAAAUGAGUCGUCACUAGAGGAAAAACUUCUAGCUUCAUUCAGCUUCAACAGAGGGAUAUUAAUAUUCUAAAUUAAUUAUUGACAACUGUGGUGAAAUUAUUGUCGUGACACAAACGUCACCAUCAGUCAAAAUAAAACUGACUGUCUACAAGAGUUGCUGUAGAGAAGGGAACUACAGAUACGGCUUAAACAUUGAAAAUAAAUGUAUUUUUGCCUUCGCUUGAGAGCUCAAUCAAUGUAAUUUCGUAUCGAAUAAUGUGCAAAUAUCUAAUUAUAAGCUAAAAAAUGUAUUAUUUAUACAACAAAACAUACGAC